AUGGGACUACUGGGACGGAAAUGGAAAUUACUAUUGAAGAGGGAUCAGGACGUUCGCCGCAGGAUCUCGCUGCAGCUGAGGGGCUAUGAAGUAUUAACUGGAUCAGACAAGAAUCGCUUAUUACCAGGUUGCACGGAACAGGAUUCUUCUUCCCCUCUCAUUUCGGGAUUAGCGACUCCGUCACUGCAAAGUCAGCUUGCACUGUAUGUGGCUGCCUCGCUUUGUUUGUUCGUCCUACGUAGGCAAAUGGUCCGAAUCCGUGACGAGUGCACGCACAUAAGCAAGCCCGGCACGGUUGAACUUAGUUCUGGAAUGUCCAAAGUUUGA